ACUAGGUGAACUGUAAUUUAAAAAUAAUUGUUAACUAAAAUGAUAGAGAUAUCAAUUUGAAAAAAGUGGCAACACUGUCUGUGUAUGUAAAAGUCCAAAAUGUCGAAGUUACGUUUUACGAUUACGAACAUCAAAGAUUCCAACAUAAAAGUUUCUUUUGUGGUAUAUUCUGUGGCAUAGCGCUGCAUGUCACUGUUGUACAUUGAAUUUUUGGCAGUACAAUAUAAACAUUUCCUCGAAGCAGAUUAAAAAUAUAUUAUAAAUACGCAGAAAAACUGUGUUGAAAGUUUAUACAAAAUGGAAUCGAGCAAAUCGGAAUCAACGCCAAAGCAAGCCAUGGUUUAUAUUUGCGGAGAAUGCCACCACGAUAAUGAAAUACGUCCCAGAGAUCCAAUCAGAUGCAGGGAGUGUGGUUACAGAAUUAUGUACAAGAAACGUACGAAAAGACUUGUCGUAUUCGAUGCGCGAUGACUCCAUUUGAUUUAAUUUAUAAUAAAUAUGAAUUACAGAAUUAAGAUUACAAUAUAAGGUCUAUAGUUUAGCAUAAUUAAUUUUCAUGAACGAAGGUUACGAUAAGCAAUAAAAAAAUACACAACGUUA